AUGGAUGAGCAGUGCCUCCCGCGUAAUGACGACACGGACGAGCAGUGGCCUCCGCGCGAAGACGACGCGGUCGAACAGAGUUUCCCGCACGAGAGAGCAGUGGUCGAACAAGUGUUCCCACCUGAGCCCAUUGUGGCCGAACAGAGGCUCCCACAAGGGCAAGAUGUGGCCGAGCAGGGGAUCGUCACCGAGUGUGACGUUAUGGAUAGGAGUCCUCAUGUGCGAACAUAA